UUUCGACUGGAAAUUUAGUCGUACUUUGUUGAGAACCAAGGUUUGACAACUUUGGUGAGUGUAACGAAAAAUGAACAGUAAUACGAGGUCUCAAAUCCAACGUAGUAAAGACCUUUUAUCGAAAUUUCGGGGAAUGAUCAAAGAAUCCGACAUUAAUCUCGCCUUGAGUGAUGAAGUGCUAAUAUGUUUCAUCCAUGCAAGAAAAUACGACGUACACCGAGCAAUGAAAUUGUUGAAUCAUUACUUGAGAAUGAUAAAAAAUUACCCGGACCUUAAAAACUUGCAUCCGUUACGCGUGAAACACGUGCUAGACAAGGGCCAUUUUCUUAGCUCACCAUAUCGCGAGCAAAAUGGAUGUCGAGUGUUGAUAUUAAACCUGCGCAAUUGGGAUCUCACAACUUGCAGUUUGGAAGACAUGAUACGAUGUGUGGUAUUUUGUUUUCAGAGGCUGGUUUGUGAAGUGGAGACGCAGACUAAUGGCUUAGUUGCCAUCAUCGAUGUCAAAGAUUUUACACUUCAUCAUGUGGGGCAAUUUACACCAAAUUUGGUAAAGAAAAUUGCGGACAUCGUACAGGACGUAUUUCCUAUUCGAUUGCAAGGAAUUCAUAUUGUCCAUGAACCUCGGAUUAUAAAAAUCCUUGUGGCCAUAUUUUGGCCUUUUCUGUCAAAUAAAAUUCGCAGCCGGUUGUUCUUUCACGGCCAAUGCUUUGCAACUCUGCACCAACACGUUGAUCCUGCUUGCCUACCCAGUGACUAUGAUGGUUCGAUGAAACCAAUGGAUACCAUGCAUUUUUCCAACGUGUUUGCCGAGAAGAAUUACUCUCAGUUAUUUGAAUGCUUUGACUGAAAUUUGAAUUUUAUUGACCUAAUUUCCAAAACAGACAAAAAGGUGUUUUAGGACGAUGAUACUACUUCAUGUUUUAUGUUUUGCCGACCAUAGUGUUUUCUGUCCCUGAAUAGAUAUUGCAUCAAGUUGCAGCGUUUGAAACUGAAAUCAGUUCUAACAUCGUACUUUUGGGUUUCAUGAGCAACAGUUGGGGCUCGGGCCCGAUUUGCUGAUACUCGGAUAACUUGUGGAUAGCCACCAAAUGCUAUCGAUUUUGAGCGAUUCGGGUAGGAUGUUUUCAAAGCUGGGUAGGUUGGGGCGUUGGGCUGGGCAUAAUUGGAUUGACUCACCGCCAACUAGAGAAAUGGUGGGUUGACUGGUAUGAAUAAAAAAAAAAAAAAAAAAUAGUUACUGGAUUUCUCUCAGCCUUAUGGCGAUGAUAGCGGUCUUUACUUCGUAGUCUGUGGUGGUACUACCUACUUUGAAAUCCAACUGGAACGCUCGCCAAAAAAGUAGAUGUCGGGCUUAUUUUGUCGGGCUUAUCUUGACUGAAUUUCCGCUGGAUGGCGGUACAGAACUUUUCAAAAAUAUUGGGCAAAAUGAGGUAGUCAAAUAGUUCGUCUGCUUCGGAAAUAGUUUAUCUGCUUCAUAGGAGUGGGGAAGCACGUGUUGGAACAAGUAAUUACAUGAUGGAGCUGGAGCGUGAAUUUGGGACUUGAUUUGUCAUCUGUUGGUUGAGGUGGAAAACCGGUGAUUUGACCCACCAUUUGAUUUCCACACUUAUCAUUGGAAUUCUGGGAUGGUAGUUGUUGUUGCAGGACACUCCUUGGUUUGUUAGUGAGGUUCCAGAAUGCAGCAUUCCAUAAGCAAGAAAUAUUAUUUGCCGACCGUCAACACAAUACAGAUUCUUUAACUUUGUUUUUGUUGCCUUGAUGGUGAAAUUGAAUUAUAUUGAAAUUUAAAAGUU